AUGCUGGACAUGGGAGAUAGGAAAGAGGUGAAAAUGAUCCCCAAGUCCUCGUUCAGCAUCAACAGCCUGGUGCCCGAGGCCGUCCAGAACGACAACCACCACGCGAGCCACGGCCACCACAACAGCCACCACCCCCAGCACCAUCACCACCACCACCACCACCACCACCACCCGCCGCCGCCCGCCCCGCAACCGCCGCCGCCGCCCCAGCAGCAGCCGCCGCCGCCGCCGCCGCCGCCCCCGGCCCCGCAGGCCCCCCAGGCGCGGGGCGCCCCGGCCGCCGCCUCCGCCGCCGCCGCCGACGACGACAAGGGCCCCCAGCAGCUGCUGCUCCCGCCGCCGCCGCCGCCGCCGCCGCCGCCGCCCCCGUCGGCCGCCGCCCUGGACGGGGCCAAGGCGGACGGGCUGGGCGGCAAGGGCGAGCCGGGUGGCGGGCCCGGGGAGCUGGCGCCCGUCGGGCCGGACGAGAAGGAGAAGGGCGCCGGCGCCGGGGGGGAGGAGAAGAAGGGGGCGGGCGAGGGCGGCAAGGACGGGGAGGGGGGCAAGGAGGGCGAGAAGAAGAACGGCAAGUACGAGAAGCCGCCGUUCAGCUACAACGCGCUCAUCAUGAUGGCCAUCCGGCAGAGCCCCGAGAAGCGGCUCACGCUCAACGGCAUCUACGAGUUCAUCAUGAAGAACUUCCCCUACUACCGCGAGAACAAGCAGGGCUGGCAGAACUCCAUCCGCCACAACCUGUCCCUCAACAAGUGCUUCGUGAAGGUGCCGCGCCACUACGACGACCCGGGCAAGGGCAACUACUGGAUGCUGGACCCGUCGAGCGACGACGUGUUCAUCGGCGGCACCACGGGCAAGCUGCGGCGCCGCUCCACCACGUCGCGGGCCAAGCUGGCCUUCAAGCGCGGGGCGCGCCUCACCUCCACCGGCCUCACCUUCAUGGACCGCGCCGGCUCCCUCUACUGGCCCAUGUCGCCCUUCCUGUCCCUGCACCACCCCCGCGCCUCCAGCACUUUGAGUUACAACGGCACCACGUCGGCCUACCCCAGCCACCCCAUGCCCUACAGCUCCGUGUUGACUCAGAACUCGCUGGGCAACAACCACUCGUUCUCCACAGCCAACGGCCUGAGCGUGGACCGGCUGGUCAACGGGGAGAUCCCGUACGCCACACACCACCUCACCGCCGCCGCGCUGGCCGCCUCGGUGCCCUGCGGCCUGUCGGUGCCCUGCUCGGGGACCUACUCCCUCAACCCCUGCUCCGUCAACCUGCUGGCGGGCCAGACCAGUUACUUUUUCCCCCACGUCCCGCACCCGUCAAUGACUUCGCAGAGCAGCACGUCCAUGAGCGCCCGGGCCGCGUCCUCCUCCACGUCGCCGCAGGCCCCCUCGACCCUGCCCUGUGAGUCUUUAAGACCCUCUUUGCCAAGUUUUACGACGGGACUGUCCGGGGGACUGUCUGAUUAUUUCACACAUCAAAAUCAGGGGUCUUCCUCCAACCCUUUAAUACAUUAA